AUGUCAUUCAGACUAGGCCUUGAACUUGCCAGGAACUUUCAAGCCGCCGUCGACUCCUUCGUCCCUGCUAUGCUCAGUACAGUCGAGGAAUUGACUCGAGAGGAGCUGAAUCUUUAUGUUGACCACGCCGAGAACAUGUACCGCGAUAUCAUUACACUCCGACGGCAAUGUGACCAGAUCCAAUCCGCUGCCUCAGUUCAAGCCGGGCUCUUGUUGCAGGAUGCCGAAUACGCGGCAAAGGUGGUCCUGAGUCUUGUCAUCAACGCGAUACUGUCCCACGAGGACUUGAUGCGCCGUAUUCGCGUUCAGCUGCACGCUCGCAUGCACAAACUCCGCACCAGGAUGCUCGACUCGGAUCUUGAAGCACUGCUCUCUUCUAUCGACGCUAUGCAGCAGACCGCUACCUGCGACCAGUCUUUUGCGUCACACGACAUGAUGACCCAAUGCAAUAUUCGAUGA